AUGGAACCGUGGAAGGAGCUUGCAACACAUGAAGACUUUGCUAAUCCGCCAAAAAGAGCCGAACAUCUUCAUAUUCGAGCUCACAACAAAUAUCAUCGGAUGGUCACAUUGGCGUUGAUCUUAACGAUGAUAACGAUGACAUCGAAGAAAUACGUCCGCCUCCUCGUCCCAUGGGAAAGGACAAAGCAAAUGCUCGAGGAAAAAAAAGGAAAAGCAACAUCAUCAAAUUUUUCAGUUGGAACGGAGCGGUCAACUGGAUCGGAGGAAAUGAUGACACAUUGGCACAAUCGAACACACCUUUGGAGAAGCAUACGGCUGAAACGGUCUGACUCAUAG